AUGGAUGCCAGUAACUUCAAAGUCAUUGUGGUGGGUGCGGGCCCGGCCGGGCUCACGGCAGCUCACUCGCUAUCCCUCGCCGGCAUUGACUAUGUUGUCUUGGAGGGCCGCGAUGAGAUGUUCGUCGACUCGGGCGCCAGUCUGGUGCUGGGGCCCCAGUCCCUGAGGGUUAUGCAGCAGUUCGGGCUCCUCUCGAGGCUCAAGGAAAUCGGCGGCGAGAUGCAGCACACCAAGUCCUACGACCUCGAUGGGAAUGUCUUCGAAAACCACCACAAUUUCCGCUUGAUGAGAGCCAACCAUGGUAUUGGGCCCCUGGCGUUCCACCGGAGCCAACUGAUUGAGACGAUAUACGACGGGCUUCCAGUGCGCGCCAAGUCACAGAUCCUGACGGGGAAAAAGGUGGUCGAUAUCGAGGCAAAUGCCGACGGUGUCAAAGUCCACUGCAGUGACGGCACCGUCCACGAAGGGUCGAUAGUCCUAGGCGCCGACGGCGUGUACAGCCGGACCCGCCGCAUCAUGCGGAAGCUCGCGUUGGCGGAGGAUCCCUCCCGGGAGUGGGAUGCUGAGGUGCCGUUCACGACGGCGUACAAGUGCAUGUGGUGCAGUUUUCCCCGUCCCGCCGGAUCGGAGCCAGGCGAGGGCUACAACACCCACCACACGGACAAGUCGUCCAUGUACAUCUCGGGCAGCGAGCGAAGCUGGAUCUUCCUCUACCAGAAGCUGCCCCAGGAGACCCGGGAGCGGACGUCGUACUCGAUCAAGGACGCCGAGGAGUUCGCCGCCACCUUUGCCGACUUCCGCAUCACCGACACGCUCAAGGUCGAGGACGCCCUGGCCAGGCGCAUGACGGCCGGCAUGGCCAACCUCGAGGAGGGCAUCCUGCAGCACUGGAGCUGGGGCCGGAUCGUGCUGGUGGGCGACGCCUGCCACAAGUACACGCCCAACGCCGGGCUGGGCUUCAACAACGGCGUGCAGGACGUCGUGGCGCUGUGCAACCGGCUGCAGGCGGCGCGGGCGGCGUGUGGCGGCAAGCCCCUGGACGCGGCCGCCCUGUCCGGCCUCUUCGCCGAGUACCAGCGGGAGCGGUACGAGCGCGCCGAGGAGGACCGCUACAAGUCGGCGCACAUCACGCGCAUCCACGCGUGGUCCGACCGGCUGCACUGGAUCAUCGCCCGCUUCAUCCUGCCCUUCCAGUUCGUCCAGCGCCUCCUGACCAACUACCUGGCCCGCAAGACGAUCAGCACGGCGCUGCUGCUCAACUACGUGUCUGCGGAGGAGCCGUUCGUCGGCCUGGUUCCGUGGCUGCACAAGAUGCCUGGUUUCGUUUCCCAGGAAUAG